CAGCUUUUCCAUUCACAGGUGAAACAUGGAUAUUCCAAGAGAGUGUGGUGUAUGCUAGUUGGGAAAACUUUGUAUUAUUUCCGCAGCCAAGAAGACAAGUUUCCUUUGGGCCAGAUAAAACUUUGGGAGGCUAAAGUUGAAGAAGUUGACCGGUCCUGUGAUUCAGAUGAAGAUUAUGAAGCCAGUGGUCGUAGUUUAUUAUCAACACAUUAUACUAUUGUCACCCAUCCUAAAGAACAAGGCCCCACUUAUCUGCUUAUAGGAUCCAAGCACGAGAAGGAUACUUGGCUCUAUCACCUGACAGUUGCUGCUGGGAGCACAAAUAUAAAUGUUGGGACAGAGUUUGAGCAGCUUGUCUGCAAACUGUUAAACAUUGAAGGGGACUCUACUUCUCAAAUCUGGAGACAUCCAACUCUCUGUCACAGCAAAGAUGGGAUUACUUCUCCUCUUACAACUCUCCCCUCAGAGGCCUUGCAAACAGAAGCUAUAAAAUUAUUUAAGGUUGUUGGGUUUGAUGCUUCUACCACAGUGGAAGAAUUUCUGAAUACACUUAAUCAGGAUACAGGAAUGAGGAAACCAGCAGAAUCAGGUUUUGCUUUGUUUACAGAUGAUCCCUCAGGCAAAGAUGUAGAACACUGUCUCCAAGGAAAUAUCAAG